CAAACUUAGAGCUGAUAGCUGGAGCAGGCUUGGGAUUUAGAGAACUCUCGGCAGAUGAGUCUGUUAAAGGGUUUUCUCUGCUUUUGUUUUGCAUCCUACUUCUGAUCCAUGAGAAGAAACCGGGAUCUCUCCUGUACAUGUAAAAGUGAUGGAUCCUGUUGGAAAGAGCUUUCUGAUGGCACAGCUGUGAGUGACACCAGCACAAUAUGUUCAGUGUCGAGGACCUCCUGAUUUCUCACGGAUACAAAUUGUCAAAAAAUCCUCCUGUUUCAUAUGAGAACAGAUAUGAUGGAUACCGGCAUGAAAUCACAGGGAAUAGACCUGGUCAGAGAGUGCUGAAUGGAUUUGAGACAGAAUCAAGAGCCAGUGCUUACAGCAAGAGACCUCUGGCAAAAAGCAACUCCAGCAGCACCGAAAGCAGCCAUGGGAGUCAAGGGAGGCAAGCGGGUCCUGGUUACUACCAUGGCCUUCAGGGUUUGUCCACUUUUCAUACUUCAGAAGGGGGGGUUGAUGACAGGCCUCAAUUAACAUGGUCUUCCCAGCCCAAGACGGAUAAAGAUCUUGCCUACUGGAGAAGAAGAGGACAAGACUUUAGUGUGUUAUUGGGCUACUCCCACAAAGGAGGCUCUGAAAUGAAAGGACCGUCCCCAGCCCACGGGGCACACAGACAUGCUAAAGAAACUCAGCUCAAGGUAGGAGCAGGACCAGAGUAUGCAAGAAGUGGUUUGCAAGAGAGCUGUAAAGUGCCUGGUGACUGCAAAUGGCAAAGUUUAAGAAUGGAAAACUGGAAUGAACCCAAAAAAAUAGGAAGGCAAAUGUCAGAUGGUGACAGGGAGAAACUGCUUCAAGAUCUGUACACAUUGACUCUGGGAGACAAGGUGUUGACCACGCAUAACAAAGGGAAAUCACAGUCAUUGCCAAGAGUUCUUUCACCAGAGAGCCUGCGGUGUGUGGAAAUGCCCUCCCUGACCAACAGUAACAGCUCUCUCAGUGGAACUAGGACACCGUCUUAUCCCCCAAACAGAAUAACUUUGGAAUCGACCAAACACCAAGAAACAGGAGCCCAUUUCCUACCACUGGCAAAACCCAAGUACGGAAGACCUCUGAAACCUCCAUCCUAUGAACUGCAGCGGCAAACGAGGACAUCUGCAGAAACCAGUGCUUUUCAGGACCACUAUCAAAAAAAUGAACCUAUUUCCUAUUUAGCCAAAGUUAAUGAGCCAAGGCAAGACGGUUGCAUUCAAGACUCUGCUUUGGAGCCCCCGGACUAUGUACCUCCUCCGUCUUACAAAUCCCCACUUCACCAAAGUGUGACUCCACAUUCCCUCAAUGAAGUGCCUAACAGUGAUGCGUACGCUAACAGUGAUCAGCAGAAUUCUGCAGAAAGGGCUGUCACCUGCCAACGACCAGCCACAAAUGCUUUUGAAGCAGUGGGUGAACCUUGCAAAGAAAACCAUCUUUCUCAUGGAAAGCAAAGCCAUACGAGGCACCCUGCCGACUAUCUACGUUCUGUUCAGUAUAUUCCUUUUGAUGAUCCUCGAAUACGACAUAUUAAAAUUGCACCACCAGAAGGUCUCCAGGAGAACGCUAAACACACUGACAGUGCAUGUAAUCCCAGUUCCGGGACUUUGCAAGAUAGAGAUCUUGGAGUACAUAACAACAGUGCCUUUUUGGAUGCAUCAAACUUCUCUAAUUCUGUAAAGGGAGAAAGAACUUCUGACAGUUCCACCCACAGUAACAACAGAUGGUUGGCACCAUCCGUCCAAGAUCAGGAAAAUUGUGCCUUGUCUGACCAAAGAGACAGUUAUAGUGCAACUAACCACAGUCCUCGUAAUGAAGGAAGUGCAGAAUACACAAAAGGCAAACUCUUUGUAAGAAAUUCACAUAUGGAUAGCACCUGUGAAACUGUUACAAAAGUGAAAAAGUUUGAACCUGGGACUGGGAUGCAGAGCAAAAAAAGUUCAAAGAAAAAAAUGAAUGAAACUAUAUUUUGUUUGGUCUCCAUCCCAGUUAAAUCAGAAUCAAAUCUGCCAGAUACAGAUAGGAACAACAACAUAACCCAGAGCCCUGAUAAGAAUGGGUUUGAUAACAAUGGGGCUUUGCAAGAACAAAGUCUCUUAAGUAUGUCUUCAACGGACUUGGAGUUACAAGCACUUACAGGAAACAUGACCAAUAAAAAUGAGUUACAAAAACAAGAGCUGUGGAGACCAGAAGAGUUCAAACAAAUGAAUGACCUCAGAUUUAUUCAGCCUACAAAACACAGAGAGCUUAAAUAUUCUGGCUCCUGGCCAGGUGAUCAGUACAAAGACCAGCAGACACAGACCAGUUUCACUGAAGAACCUAAAAGCCCACAGUUCUUCCAUGGUACAAAACCUGGGCAACCCAGUAGUAGUAAAAUGCAAGCUCCGAAGCUCAUAGGAUGCACAGCGUCCACAAUAGGGUCAAAACAGCCACGGUCACUUUCUGAUGAGAGGAACAGCACAGCGAGUGCUUACAGCAUGAAAGGUCAGACGUACCUCAGUCAGUCUAGCAACAGUGCAUUUUCAAGGACUGCCAUCUCUGUCCCUCAGGCCCCUUUGCCAAAGGCACAUCAGAGCCAGCCUGGUGAUAUAGUUAAGGGAGAAGCAAGUGCUCCCUGCAACAGUAAAGAGCUGUUUGGCCAGUUCCUUCUGAAACCUGUAAGUCGCCGCCCCUGGGAUGUAAUAAGUGAGCUAGAAAGUUUUAACAAGGAAUUGCAAGAACAGGAAGAGAGCACAAGUAGUGAAGAAGACUCAGAAAGUGCUGCAGCUUCUCCACAAGAAUGUGGCCUUACAAAGAGAAGGGCAUCCAGAAAUGAAAAGUCAAACAGGGAACCAAGACAUGGUGGGCAGCUGGAAAUCAUCGUGCCAGAUGUUCCUGUGUUUAAGUCAGGGAGAGUUAAAAGUAAGUCUGAAAGUUGGAGUAUGGGGACAGAGUAUGGUGAUCCGCAGAGCUGUGUGGGAUCUUUGCAGCCAAGAGAGAGCAGUGAAGUAGUCAGGCCAGCAGAUGGAAGUCUGAUAACAGAAAUAAGAAAAGAGGAAGCCAAGAGCAGCACAAACAAACAGCUAGUUAGUGUGGGUCCUCUCAAGAGAGUUUUGUCCAGUAGCCCGAGCAGUUCAUGUCAUGAAAGUAAUCCUUUCAAUAACACUGACUUAAAGGAGAUGAAUGAAUAUCAAAGUUACCUAGAAUUUGUUAAACCGAACAUAAGCACAACUCCCAGAAAUGAUGCCGUCUUGGAGAGAGGCACGAUAGUACGCUUGUCAUUAACAAAAAGGAACCAAGGGCACUCUGAGCCAGACCUGAGGUCCGUGGGCCUUGAUACAGCCUCAGGACCUACUGUUAACAAUUCCGAACAUUCUUCAAAUGUAAAAGCAGUGGAAAUCCCUCCAAACGAGUCACUGCAGGAUAGAGCUGCAAGGAUUUUAGGCAUAGAGAUAGCAGUGGAAUCUCUCCUUCCUGAUGAUAGAGUUGGGCUCCACUCAGGUGUCAGCCCUGCUAAUGGUGCCCAGGACUUUGACUCAUCAGUGGGUAGCACAGUAAGUGGCCAAGAAGGAAGAAAAGAUAGUUCUUAUGAAGGAAGACGAAAGUGCGGCUGGACAGAAAGCGCGCUGUUUGUUGGAGAGGGAGGCCGAUCUUUAUACCCUGAUGAAUGCCAGACCACUGACCAAGAAGCCAGUGCUAAAACUGAGAUAACCAAGCAAGCUUUUGAACAACCUGCAGGUCCCAGCCAAGGUGAGGACCAAAACUUGUCAUGCAAGUCAGCUGCAUAUCAGCAUUCAGAAAAGAGAGUGAGAAGCACCUCAAAAGUGAUAGAGACACUCCAAGGCAAACUCACUUCUCCACCUAGCCGGACUGCCAUGGACCGCUUAGUGCGAAUGAAGGAAGUUGACUCCGUGUCGCGCAUGAGACGUCUGAGCAUUAAAAAUGCAGACUCCGUAGAGGACAUGGAUGAGGAGAAGCUGUCAAGGGUACAAGAGGAGAGGGGAAGCAAAUCGGCAAGCUCAGGGGGUGUUUCCAAGCGUGUUAUCUCUCUCAGUGAAAAUGGAUACUUGGACAAGAAGAUUGGCAGAGAUGUUUGUUUAGCUGUAAGCAUGUAA